CUUCUGUCACAUUGAAAAAAUGCUAUUGAGCUGCUGCGGGCAAGUGAGGAGACGGAAGUGUGUCUUUGAAAAUCUCUUUAAAAUGUAUUUGAUGUUUGCACCAGGGCUAUAUUUGACUUGUUUUAUUGUUUUAAGCCCCUACAACUUUAUUGAUUUGUAUUUUCAACAUUGAUGGUCAGUAAAAUCUAAAACUUUCCUAUACUAUACAAACAGAUAUAAUGUUAUGUUACUACAACCCUCAGUAAAUGUUUACACAGUACACACUGCACACUCUUACAACUCAUUACAGUAGGUAUUUAGGGAGUCCUCUAAUAAAUCUACAGCAAUUGGGUAAAGAAUAAUGAACAAAUAGGCUACGUCAGUCACAAAGUUAAUAACUUACCUAUAAAAACAAAAUAAUUCUCAUCUGUGCCUCCAUCGUAGGCAUUGUCUGUUAAUUCCUUAGAUAUGAAUCAAAACGUUUUUGAAAACCUGUCCAGUUGACACGGAAUCCGUGCUCACAGACGCGUCCAGCACCUGAGCUGCGCACCUGUCAGCACUUGGUGCCUUUACGCACAGCGCGUGAUGCGCGUGUACGUAGCGGCUGCGCUGCUCCCGCAUUCCAUGAGGUGAUAGAACGCUUGCAGGUCAGAGAGGCGCUUCCAGUCAUGCAGGCGCCCUUGUGACGUUUGGUCCUUGAUGACACUUCAGUUCUAAAGUCCAUUUAUCAACUCAAGAGAAUCUCAGUGACCAUUUCUACACAGACCUCCACCGUGAAAGCUACUGAGAGAUCGAUAAAGAAACUAUCAACCGUUAUGGAGAACGCACAGAUUUCAUCAGAUAAAUUUGAUAUAGAGAGUUUGAGUGAAGACCGGGAACUAAAGCCCAUAGAUAUGGCCAUCACCCCAGUGAUGUUAUCACAUCUUCAUAAAAUAAUAGAACAGCAGUGGAAGAUGUUGGCAACCGCCCACACUGACACUGACACCAUCAAGUUGCUCUCGAGCCUGUGCCAGGAUGUGGUGGAGGUGAUCACCAGCAAGGUGGGGGAUGUUUUGCUAACUGAGGCCCAUACCAUUAUGCAUGAGAUUGAGUCCAGCAACACUUCAACCACAAUGAACAGGAUUGAUGUGUCCAAGAAGGAUUGGAGUGAUUACAUUCUGACAGAGGAAGUUCUUGAACUAGUCCUUGGGAAUUCCUUGCAUGCCUGUCUUGGAACAGUGAUGGGAGUUAUGGUGGAGCGUUCCCACAACUCAGAUGAACUGCUGAAGUUGGUUGCAGCAGAGGUGACGAGGAGGGUGAACCAGUCACUGGCUAAAAUCUUUCGAUCAACCAUUUUCCCACAAUCACCACAAUCUGCUGGGUCUGACAUCUCCCUCGAAUCUAACGUGGAUGAUAUGGUGUACCAUACAGCCCAGAUCCUGCAUAGGUGUAUUUGGAAAAGACAACAACGUGAAGAAGAUUCCCAGUUCAGUGAGUUUUCCGGUCCAGAUGAAGUCACUGAUGUUGAGGAGUUCAAUGCUGAGGAUUCAGACUCAAUCUUCUCUACAUCUAAGUGUUCAGUCCGCACAUUUGAUAUCAAAAAAGCUUCUCCCAGUCCGGUAGUGGAUGUAUCACAGGGAGAGAAUUUCUCUGGACCAAAGUGCUCAAGAAGAAUCAGCACCUUUGUGAAGAGAGUGGGGAGGUCUUUUCGGAGAAACACUGCGAAAGUCGGUCCAGCCUGUGAAGUCAUCUACCUGGAGAAUGGAUCAACACCACAGCCUCCAAAGAAGAAGAAUGGUCUUUCCAUCACCAGGAUAUUCUCCUCCUUGGGCAAGAUUCUGACGAAGCCGUUCAUCUCCUGCAUCAGUGGUGAAUCACAGGAUGACUAGAACACACAAGUCUCCUGAGUUCAGUCUUUCCAUCUAGCUGCAGAAAGGUUCCAUUGGAUAGGGGACCUGGACCCACUGCUUAUGCAUGAUGGGCCUCCAAGGACCAGGACUGUGAGGAUGCCUUGGUGACACCCAUGCCUGCUAUUAUUAUUAUUCAUAUUUCUAUUAUUAUCACGUCUUCCAUGUGUUUCUCUCCCCUCUCUCCCACCCUCCCUCCACCAUCCUCCCUCCCUAGAUAGCAAAAAUAAUGUGGCCAAGAUCCGGCCCACACCCGACACUUUCGGCACUUUCAUCCGGCCCACAUACCACCUGGAAUGAUGGCACUUGGGCAGUCCGCUCCUGUUUCCCAGAUCUGGGCCACAAGCAAGCUGUAUGUCAGCUAAGAACAAACCAGAUAAACCAGAACUGGCCCACAUCCAGAAUAUACAUACCUGAGAACACAGCAUCUUUACCAAAGAAAGCCCACAUUUGAUUUGGGAUAUUUGGGCCAUAUUUGCUGUUUAACAUGUAGGCCAUUUCAGGCUCAAAUCCAUUUUGUCUGGCCCAGAAGAAGGCCAGCAGUGCCGUAUCAUUGUCUGAAGUGGCUCACUUCCUUAUGCUAUCUGGGUCCUUCUUUCUAUCUCAACCCAACCGGUCAAAGCAGAUGGCCACCCACCUAGAGCCUGGUUCUGCUCGAGGUUUCUUCCCAUUAAAGGG